CUAUUAUGCUUGGCUGGCUGAGUUGAAAGCACAUUUCGGAUUUGCUGUCCUUAACGAUUCUGCUUUUGGUCUCUGUUCCGGUCUUAUUAAGAACACUUUUUGGAAAUUAGAAGUUGGAAGAAUACUAUUAUGUACAAGGUAUCCUUGAGCAAGACUUCGGUCUCAAAGUGACAAUUUCAAGACACGCUUGCUCAGAAGUUAAUCCUGCUACACUCCAAAGGGCAUUCUCUAGAGUAAAUAUUGCGCACAGGCUUUAUCACAACUCCUUCGCGAGAAACUAUAGAUACUACUCAAAGAAGAGGGAUUGUUUAGAAUGAACUAAUGUAAAGGAAUUUUCAUUGAUCUGGACCAUUCCAAGAUCACAGAUACACUUAAAUAAGAAGACAAAGAAGUAGAUUUUGUUGAAACGCCUUACCCUUCCACUCGGAAAGAGAACUUUGGUAACCAUGAGUGGGACAUUGCUGGGAUAGUCAAAGUUGACAACUUCUUGGAUUUUUUCAAGAGGAACUCAGAUAAGGAUGGAGCUGACAUGGACAGGAGUUCUGCUUCUUCUCUGUGUACUCUUCAUCCUUUUCUCAUCUUUCCAAAUGUAUAAGAAAAGGCAGCUGCCCCCCGGACCUGCUCCAUGGCCUAUUCUGGGGAACCUCUUUCAGCAAGAUGUACUACCUCUGUAUAAGUCAUAUAAAAAGCUUAUUGGACGGUAUGGUCCUAUCUUUACCAUCUGGAUUGGAUCAAAACCUUUGGUUGUGCUCUGUGGACAUAAUAGUAAAGAUGCUUUGAUAAAUCAUGCAGAAGAAUUUAGUGGGCGUAAUGUUGUGCCCACCAUUGAGCGAAUAUUCCAUAACCAUGGUCUGGCCACUGCUGAUGAGAAAAUCUGGAAGGAGAUGAGACAUUUCAUGCUAUCUACCUUGAGAAAUUUUGGGAUGGGGAAGAAACAGAUGUCCGAAAGAGUGCAGGAGGAAGCCCUUUGUCUAGUGGAAGAACUGGGCAGCAUGCAAGGGCAGCCUUUUGAACCAAAAAGAAAAUGUACAAGUGCUGUUUCUAAUGUAAUCUGCGCAGUCGUCUUCGGCAAUCGAUUUGAUUACAAAGAUCAAACGUUUGUGGAGAACCAAAAGACUGUGGAAUCUCUCUUAAAAUUAUGCAGUAAUUUCACAGGAAUGGUAUACAAUAGUUUUCCAAAAAUAAUGGAAUAUUUUCCUGGGCAACACACAAAGACUUUUGCUGAUAUUGAAAAACUCUGCGACUUUAUCCAUAAAAAAGUGGUACUUCACCAGAAAACACUGAAUAUUCAGGAGCCCCGUGACUUUAUUGAUUGUUUCCUUAUCAAAUUAGAGAAGGAGCAGAACUCAUCCACAAUUAUCUACACUCCGGAAAAGCUUGUACGUUUUGUGCUUGAAAUGUUUUUUGCUGGGACAGUAAGCACAAGCAAUGUUUUGGUCUCCAGCCUAUUGGUUGUGGCCAAAUUGCCACACAUUCAAGCUAAAGUGCAACAGGAGAUUGCUGAGGUGGUGGGUACAAGUCAUAUCCCAAGCAUGGAAGACCGUUUGAGGAUGCCUUUCACAAAUGCUGUGAUCCAUGAGGUUCAACGGUGUUGGACAGACAGUCUUGAGACCUUUCCACGGGCAACAACUUGUGACAUAACAUUCCAUGGUUAUAGCAUUCCCAAGUACAUGGCUGUUGUGGCAGUCCUCCCUUCUGUACAUUUUGACCCUCUCCAGUGGGAAACUCCAGAGAAGUUCAAUCCAAAUCAUUUUUUGGACGAAAAGGGCCAGUUCAGGAAAAGAGAUGCUUUCAUGGCAUUCUCAGCAGGGAAGAGGUCCUGUCCAGGGGAGGCCCUGGCUCGGAUGGAGCUCUUCUUGUUCUUCAGCGUUCUGCUCCAGAAGUUCACCUUCUCCCUGGAUGUGGAUACCAAAGACAUGGAUGUAAUAUCUUUGAUUAUGGACUUUAGAAAUAAUAAAUCCCCCCCUUUACGAGCCAUUAAACGUUGAAUGCUAAUCAAGAGAAGGAAAGAAAUUGAGGGGUUUUUUUUGCGGGGGGGAAUCUCAGAUGCAAUUUUUAAAGAAGAAUUUCGGGAUAUUGAAGGAUUUUGAGUGAAACUAAACUAAUAUACUUUUUCUUUUAAAUUUUCUUACUUAGUAGAGGCAUAUUCACUACUAUAGAACAUAUUAUUCUGGCAUUCAUGAGAAUUUAUGACAGCAUGCUGGAUUUAAGAGGAACUUAAGAGGUUUUAAGAAAAGAGAUACUCCAGAGGCUUCAUUUAGCUCAAGAGAAAAGAAUUGUUACAACUAGGAAUAAGUUAACAUGAAAAUGUCAUGCCUAUGAUGUAUGAUAUUGCAUACAAAUUGACAUUACGGCUAUGAGAUUGAAUCCCCAGCAAUAAGCUGCAGGGGACAAAGGACUUUGGGACUAGCAUCCCUCUGCAGCACCUUAAAGAAGCUAUGACUUUUUUUCUAAAAUGAACUGGGCCUUCUAUCUAUAAAUAUGAAAAAUAGGAGAAUAAUUGAUGCUUUCAAUACAUUUUCUAUGAAAAUAUGCACUUCCAAAUGAAAUAGAGUUUUAACUCUAUUUCAGUUUUAAAUAUGUAUUCUGUGUGUUUGUGUAUAUAACUCAAGGGACUCCAAUAGGUCUCUUUGUUUCCACAUAAUGUAUUAGGUGAUAUUGAUGAGUCUCCUUAUUGGAGUCCACAGUGACUCAAAGUGAGAUUUACUGAAUCCCCAUGUGUGAAAAAGCUUUUCCUUGUGGCACAGGUGACGAGACUAUCUUUCCCAUGCUUUUAUAUUUCCUCUACUAGUCAGCAAACUUUUAUUCUCCUUCUACUGACUGAUUUUAGAAGUACAAAUGAACAUUUCUUCACCAUUUGUAAUCCUGUAAAUGUUGCCAGGUUUUUUUUUCACUACAGCAAUUAAAGCACAUAAAAAAUGACAGAUAAUUACAAGUAUGAGGCAUAGGCAUUCACACUGAAAGUCAUUUUGUUUCAAUCAUUAUCAUAAUUAUUGA